GCGAGAGGAGGGCCGGGCCGUCGUCUACAACUACGGCAGCAGCACGGUCAGGCCCACCUACCUGGACGUCAUAUUCGCGAACCUCCUGGAGGAGGCCCCGCACCUCGGCUCCAUGAACACCCUCUGGCACCCCUUCGUCAUCUUCGUCGACAGAAAGUGGCUCUUCCUCCUGCUGCACUUCCUGCUGCACUUCAUUCCCGCCUGCCUCGCCGACUUGGCUCUCCUCUGCAUAGGCCAGAAGCCCAGGGCCCUCAAGCUCUUCUGGCUGGCGACCUCGAACAUGAGCAAGAUCUACUACUUCCUCAACGGCGACUGGAAGAUCCACGUGCCGGAGAUGCGGAAGGUGCUGGACCGGCUGAGCCCGCGCGACCGGCAGAUCUUCCCCUACGACAUGCGAGACUUUGACUGGUUCGACUUCACGGUGCGCUACAUGCGCAGCUUCCGCGUCUACGUGCUCAAGGAGCCGACGGACAACGUCCGCGAGGCCGUCAGACGCUACCACCGCAUGCAUCUCCUCCACCGAGUCACCGUCGCCCUCUUCUUCCUCCUGCUCGCCUACUGCGCCACGAGGCUGCUCACUUGUCUCGCCAGCGUUGUUAUCUGAUGACAAUAAAGCUCUUGACCAAGAUCCUCGCGCCUUUAUUUCUUCUGCUUCUUCUUCUGCUUCUUCUUCUUCUUCUCCGUUUCUUUUUGCCGGAAACUAAAUGAGAGCUUUCCGAGAAUACUGCGCUUUAGCCGAAUCUCGCACGCGGAAAUUUGCAUCGCUCGAGUCAGCGGAGGCAGUAGUCGCAUCUCGCGCGAGCGAGGCGCCUCGAGCGAGCGAGCUGCGCGUAUAAAUGCUAGUCGAAUCCCCCGAAAUUUCUCAGUCGCGUUUCCCGCCUCGAGCACCUCGCUGCUCGCCCUCGGCCGCCUCUUUUGCUUGCCUCAGUCCCGGUGCACGCGCAGCCGAGAGCAUGUCGGUGGUGGACGCGAUCUACCAGCGGAUGAGGGACGACACGGAGGCCGUCGCCGAGAAGAAGGGCGAGAGCGAGCUGGCCAAGUUCUACGCCGGCCUGCAGCUCUUCGUGACCGGGGCGAGCGACCUCGUGGGCAAGUGCCUGCUGGAGAAGCUGCUGCGCGACUGCCCGGACCUCGAGAGGAUCUACGUGCUCGUCAGGACGAAGAAGGCCGAGGAGUUCCAGGCCAAGUGCGACGAGCUCUGCGACGACAGCGUGUUCGACCUGCUCCGCAAGAGCCGGCCCGACUUCAGGUCCAAGCUGAGCCUGCUCCGGGGCGACCUGGCGCAGGACGGACUGGGCCUGAGCGAGGAGGACUACCGCAGCCUCAGCGAGAACGCGAACGUCAUCUUCCACAACGGCGCGGCGACGCGCCUCGACGAGCAGGUCAGCCUCGCCCUGCAGACCAACGUCCUGGGCACGCGGCGCAUGCUCGAGCUGGCCCGCGACUGCAAGCAGCUCAAGGCCUUCCUCCUGGUCUCCUCGGGCUUCGCGCACUGCCAGCAGCGCGUCCUCGAGGAGAAGUUCUACCGGUCGCCGGCCGACCUGAAGACGGUCGCGGACAUGCUCGAGGCCGACGCCGCGCCCAGCGGCCUCACCAAGGACGCGCUCGAGAUGCUGCUCGGCGAGUGGCCCAACAUCUUCGCCUACAGCAAGGCCACCGCCGAGGAGCUCGUGCGGCAGCACGCGGCCAGGUCGCCCUUCGCCUGCUGCGUCUUCCGACCCAGCGCCGUCGUGUCGAGCCACAAGGAGCCGCAGCCCGGCUUCGUCGACGGGAAGAACGGCCCGGCUCGCUUCUUCCUCAAGAUCGCCAUGGGCGCGGUCCACGUGAUCUACAGCGUCGACUACCCGAUCGACCUGGUGCCCGCCGACCUGAGCGUCAACGCCAUGCUCGUCUGCGCCUGGGACGCCGUCGACCGCUGGCAAGUCGAGCCGGGGGCCUUCGUCUACAACUUCGGCACGAGCCAGGAGCGGCCGAUCACCAUGCGCCAGAUCAAGGAGAAGAUCAUGGACGACCCGGGCGCCCUCGUCUCCGCCAAGAGCAGGCGCAGGCCCUACGUCCUGUUCGCCACCAACUUCCUGCUCUACUUGGCCAUGCGCCUGCUCCUCGACUACGUGCCGGCCCUCGUGGCCGACCUGCUGGCCGUCCUGCACGGCAACGCGCCCGACUCCUGGGCGCUGCUCCGCGAGUCGAUGGGCGACAUGUGCCGGCUGCACCGCUUCUCCAGCGGCAACUGGCGCAUCCGCAUGCCGGAGAUGCUGAAGGCCUGCGAGCGGCUGAACCCGCGCGACCGGGAGCUCUUCCCCUGCGACGUCCGCCGCCUCGACUGGGACGACUACUUCCUCACCUUCUGGCGCGGCAUCCGCGUCAACGUCCUCAAGGAGAGCUACGAGCUCGGCGAGCCCGGCGGCAAGUGGCCCUGCAAGUGCCCCUGCAAGUGCGUCUGCUACGGGCUGGGCCUCGUCCUGGCGCUUCUCGCCUACUACCUCAUAAGCGGCCUGCUCUUCUAGACCAUCGAGCUACGACUGAUGGAUGCUUCGCUCUUUUCUAACUCUGACUUUUGAUACACGUCUUUCUUGUUGUUGUUGCUGUUGCUGUUGCUGUUGCUGUUGCUGUUGCUGUUGCUGUGGUUUUUAAAGCCAUUUAUAUUGUACGUUUUGCAUAACGCUACUCGAACGCACCGAUGUACGAGAGGUGCGCGUUUCCGGCGGCUCGCCGCAUAAUUUCUACUGUUCCACUGUUGUAAUAAAAAAUACAUCACCCGAAACAAUCGGCCGAUGAUCGGCGAGCAACAUUAAGUAUUCGCCAAAAGCGCAGGGCCGGAGAAAACAGAAAAAAAUCUUUAUUUAACACCUUACGCAAAAGAGUGCGUCAGCAGAAAACUCGAGCGCGCUGUUACGUAUUUCCAUUAGCGGUGUCGCCGGGUUCAUAAUAUAUCCAUAUGCAAGAGCGAUCGAUCGAGGAGGCCGGCGACACAGGCGACGCACUCGAGAGUCAACGGUCAAAAAUUCUCCUGAAAGCUUGACUAAUCGUGAGUCAUUUGGAAAAUCGAUGAUCGCUAAUGACGCGAGGAAGUGGGAUGCUGGGCCUUUGAAGAAGACAGAGAAUAAUCAUCGUUAUAUAGAAUAAUACUCUUUAUUGUUUUUGAUAGUUCUUCUUGUUGUCCAUAUUGUAAGUCGAUUUAUUUGUUCUCUUCUCAAAUCCGUCGUCUCGGCAUUUCGUUCAAUCUCGAAUAUCGUCGUUGAAACGGCGCACAAUAGUUCAUGGUGUGAUUACAACAAAAAACAGCAUUUACGUAAACGCACGGAACAACGUUGGUCCGAUCGCUGGUCCGAGCCUGCAACGCGUUUUAAUCGGGACCGCUUGCGACUAGAAUACAUACAAAAAGUGGAAUUCCUACUUUUAUAUCAUUAUUGUUAUUAUUAAUCAUCCGCUCCUUGCGUCUUUUAAUGUCUGCCCGCGAACGGAGCUCGCUUAGCCAUUGGCUCGUUCAAAAUUGCAAAAGGUGCAAAAGACAGCUCGCAUAGGCUUGUAGAAAAGGCAAGAUGCGCCGCGAAUGUGUACUAUUGAUUUUUCGAAUUCGUUUUCUCGAUGCGGUCCCGUGCCAAAGGCCCGACUCGUGACGCGCGAUCAGCGCUCGCGACACACUCACUCGAUCGGCUUUUGCUCUUCUCUUUCAAAUCACCGAACACCAAUCCUUCUCGUCGCAACGCCAGCGAUCGCCGAUAUUAACGUACUAUUUUGUUCGCUUUUCGAUGAGAGACAUGGCAAAAUUUGAAUUCCUAUUAUUUCACAUUGUAUUAUAUACCUUAUAGUGUCCUGGUAAUUUCUGUCUCCUGUGGCAUAUGUAGACUGUGUGUGGAUGUGACUUUUUAAUGUGUGUACGUGAGUUUCGGCUUCAUUCGCUUCCUCGUCAACACUCUUUUAUUCUCUUUAAUCUGAACUACUAUUUACAAUGUACAGUGGCCUAAGUUCCGUCGGCGGUCGCGAUCGCCUCUCGCUCCUCGAUCUCGAUUCUUUACUUCUUUAAUUUUCACCUGUUUUUUUCGCUUCGAUUUUACCCCAAGAUGAUUCUUCUGAAAUCGAUAGUUUGCUUUUCUCGACAUUGAUAUUGAAAACAGAUCGAUGACUUUUCAGAAAACUCGCCUUUCACAUGAGCGGCUAAGCGAAGCGCAUUGCGUCAUUUGAGCUAUCUGGGCAAUCGAAGUCGUUUUAGAAAGAUAUCGUGGCAACAGAUGCAAUCUUAUCAAAAAAGUAUUGCUUAGCAAUUGUAUUCAACAUUUUAAAAAAAUUAUAAAAAUCUUACAAAUAAUCAUUUUAGAGUCGUAAUUGCAGUCAACAGAGAAGGUUUCUUUUUCCAAUAAAACACACAAACUACUUCGCCCAUCAUUGAAUUGAAGAUCUUUGAAACUGGCCCACGCUUCGGUCGAAUUCUGAUUGCUAACUAAUCGCGCUUACACUGAGAUAAUAGGAACUUAAUCAUUUGUAAUUUGUAACUUAAUCGUGAGUAUUUUGCUUUGUAUUCAACAAAUAUGGACUUUAUGAGUAAAAUUUAUGAGCAAAGUGGACAAUAAAGAUUACGUAUAGAAAAAUCGAGCAGAAGUAAGAAGUGAAUAAGAACAACAAUAAGUUUAUUUAAGAGCAAAGGCCCAUUUAUUUAUUCAUUUUAUUUGUAUUAUGUACGAGUCGCCUGUUGACGGCUGUCGGCGUCCGGGAAUCGAGCGAGCGAUCGUGGCCCCCUUAUAUCACUUACCAAGGUAAAUAUAUAUAAUAAUCUUAUAUAUAUAUAUAUAUAUAUAUAUAUAUAUAUAUAUAUUUCUUCGUUUAUAUAUAUAAUAUAUAAUAAUAUCUUAUAUGCAUAUUUCAUUUUAUACCUAUAAUUUCUCAUCGUUUAGACGUACCUUUGCGUGCUAUUUAUAAUAUUUACAAAGUUUUAUCUUAAUUCAUUUUUAAAUCCUUAUACUUCAUUUGUAUAGUCACCGUGGUUACAACCCAUCCAGCACUCGAUUCUUCGCUUAUAAUCUCUAUCUCUCGUUCGCAUACAGUUCUUGUCUUUCACAUUUUUAUCACUUAUCAAUCGAUCACUCACACAGAUAUGCACACGAAAGAAAGUACAAACAGAAAGUGUAACAAUGCACACGAACGCCUGUUUCCUUAUAUUACACAGAACUUACAUUAGAUGUACAAUAUAAUACGUCUUCCUUUGUGCCGAUUCUCGAUGCGUCUCGCGCAUAUCAUUAUUGACGAUUCGCGCGUCUCUCGCUUCUCUCACUGAGUAUUGCUAGGUGUGUUUACGUGUGUAAGUGUUUUCGUCAAACGCCCUUAUCAGAUUCGCCAUGAUCGAUAGCCCGCACGUAGCGCCGCCGUGUCCUCGCAGCAAAAGUCGGGAGACGGACCCUUUUAGCGUCGUCUCCGAUUCUUCAGUUCUCGCAGACUCCGGCGGAUGCCUCGUGCGGUCUUUGCCUGGAAGAAAACGCGACGGUACAGUCCGUGAGUGUGUUUUCCCUCUCUCUCUCUCUCUCUCUCUUUCUUUCUCUGUGUUGUACAAAAAAUGCGACGUCGCAGCGGCAGCUCAUACGCACUCUGCCCUUUUUUGCAUCGAGUGUUACAGCUUUUUGUGUCAGUCACCUCGUGUACUAGAAUGUUUAACAAUGCUGAUGUGUCCGUGCGGAUAAUAUAUUGCUCGUCGUGCCUCGUCCGCAAGGAUGAGGUCUCGGGGGAGGAAAUGAGUUCCUUCUAAGCCUAAACGUCCAAGUUUCGUUCGCCAUCGCACCGGGAGAUUUUCGAAAACCUGGCUGGAAGUGUAGCGUUUAUCUGUGUGUCUUCGUGAAAACAACGGAAACCAUACGAAUUGUACAUGCAAACAACUUGACCGAUCGUUUCGUUAUUUACAUAAGAAUUGCUCUAUCACUUCGUUUUCGUACUCGCUAUAUCUUAGGCUCGCUCGAGAUCUUCUCUGUGUGUGUGGGUGUGUGUGCAAUGUACAUGUACACUCUAUGUCAGCUGCAUGCUUUUAAGUAUAUUCAGUCGAAUCCCUGCGGAUAUUGAUUCUUUUCUUUCAAUCGGUGUUGCGCGUGUAAAAAAGUAAAAAAAAAAAA